AUGGCACCGACGACGUCAAGCGCGCGUCAAAAACACGCGAGACAACAAACCUCGUUGCGGAGGCUUGUAAAGCAGCAUAAGAUCCAUUUCUAUUCGAUCGGUGACCAUCUCCCCGCAAGCCUAGAGCGCGAGGAAGCUGCGGUCCAGGCGAUCGGGAAUGCGACAUAUCAGGCGAAUCUGGAACGCAGCUCCCAGGUUACGCAGGAACGAGGCGAGGAAAUGUGGGAAGCCGUCAGGUGGUGCCUGAAAAAUGAGAAUAACGAAGAAAAUUGGCGCCAUGAGGUCGAAACGAACAUCUUGAACCGCCUCACGAAGUACCAUGCCUGCGUCAAAUGUGGCAAGCGAUUAUGGCGAGCGGAUUUUGAAUUUCCCAUCGGCGAUGAGCAGGGGGCUAGGUGGGAGAAUCUUCGCAGACGACGAGACAGGCGUGACAAAUGCGCCUGCAAGAGCCGCAUCAUGGGAGAUCGCCGACCGAAAGACCGUGUUUUCCAGAGUCUGCGUGGCGAUGAGGUUCGGUACGGGCCUGACCUCCGAGAUCGAAUCCCGGGGGGAAUCCGUCCUGAUCUGGUUGUGGGUUUGUUCAAUGGCCCGAAAUCGACCACGCUCCUCGACGCACCAUCCAGAGCCGACCCGGCAAAGCGUGUCGGGGAUCUUGUAAAGUCCGACAUCUUCGCCAAGGAGGACCCCGAUGUCCAGGACGAUAGUGCAAUGAUAUUCCCCUUUCUUAUUCUUGAAGCAAAACGAGCAAGGGCGCCGGAUAGCCUCGAGGACAUCGAACGGCAGAUGGCAUUUCCGGCUUAUGAGAUGUUGCGGGCACAGAACCGGCUCCUCGAGAACGCUGCGGGGUCAGAGGGGAGCGAUAGACUACCACGCGUAUGGCUUGUCAGUUUCAAGGCCCAGAUUUGGAGGCUAUACGUUGCGACUAUGGAGCAGGAUGAAAAGGAGGAGUAUAACUACAAUAUUUACAAUGUAUGGGGCGGCGAUGUGUCUGGAAGGUCGGAUGCCUUGAAACUGGUAUUGCUGCUGGACUGUGUCUUUGAUUGGGCGUUGGAUAUAUACCGACUCGAUAUCUUCGAGUCGCUGCAAUCGAUGGUGGCACCCAACCCCAGAAUCACUGCUCGCAAUGUGGCACCCACCGUCUCCGACUUGUCUGAGUCACUUGAAGGACUGGUUAUAAUGGAUCCUGUUGACCUCAGGGUCGAAAACCUAAACACCAUCCAGGAAGACACCUCGGAGGACGUCCUCAAAUACAAGCAUGGCUGGAUUCGCGACGGAAGGCAGGUCUUGACUCCGGGAGAAGGGCUUCUAAUCACCCAAGCCAACAUAGCGGACAUUUUUGACAAUUUCGAGCAUCCGGACCAUGCAAAACGAUUUGCGCGGAUGAUUUGGGCCUUGCUUAGCAAAGAGGCGUGGCUGUUUUCGAGUGAAUUGAUAUUGGACAAAGUCAGAGAAGUAUGGACAGGCCAAAAAGAGCACAGGCAACAAGUCCCUGAUGUACCGAUAUACGUACAAUUGGAGGUGUACGUCUAUUUUGACACGAGCUGGCAGCUAACGAGAAAGUUGAUUUUCGUGGCCGUUACCAAGGAUAGCAUCCCGGAGCUCUUCAAGCGCACACAGUAUCCGAAGCGCCGGUCCGGUGAAAUUGACAUCGCCCGACACCAGAUCCAUGAGGAGAAGUUUACAGCUGAGCUCCGAGACCGUCGCAAGCCCAGGGUACCUGACAGGCCCAGCGAAGCGCACUUCAACAUCGAAGAGGCAGUGAGGCGGUGGCAUUGCUCACUUAGUCCCUCUAGAGGCUCCUGGGACCGGGAUCCCCUGGGGUGGAGUCGCGUCUCCGUGCCCAGCUGCGACAAAGCAUUCCAGGAAAUAUUUCGUAUGUACCAGGUUGGCCAAAGGGAGCCCUCAGAAAGCUUUUUAAAGAUUUGGCAUAGUGUUCAAUCUACUCGUUUCGAGGUGGCUCUGGACCAGGAUUGGCUGGUUGUUGGGGAUACGGACGAGGGUGACUGGCGCCAUAUCCACCCUCAUAACCGAGCACCCCGACUGUGUGUGUUCGUCUUCGAGGACCUGCACGAUCUGGACACCACCGAGUUCGGGGAAUUUUUCGCCUACUAUGAGAAAGAGGGCUUCAAGGCGAUUGACUACCAUUAUACCGUCCUCAGAGGCAAGUACCUCUCUGGCUCCACACAUUUUGAUGACAAUCGUCUGGAGUCUGAGUCUUGUUGGCUUAUGGGGCCCAUUUCGCCUAGCGGGGGCCGUGGCCCAAUAUAUCCAAGUCUAGCAUUGCUGCUUGGUGAAUGGGUCCGGGAGCUGAGGAAUGGUGAGCCAGAGCAUUCCGAUGCCGGUAGUGAUGGGGAAGAGUACUGUACCGAUGAUAGUGACCAUCGUGAAGACCUCGGUAACCUGAAGAGCGGAAAGGCCUCUGUUGACAGCAUUGAUGGCGAAGAAGGGGUGGAUAGCGACGAGUAUGAAGGGUCAGAGACUGAAAGUAGCGACUAUGUUGAGGAGGAGGAGGAGGAGGAAGAAGAGGAGGAGGAAGAGGAAGAAGAAGAGGAGGAGGAGGAGGAGGAGGGAAAAGGAGGAGGGAGAGGAAGAUGGAAGUAG